ACACUUGGCAACCAGAUGCACUAGUUUUCGAGUAUAAAUAUUGUUGUUCGCAGGGGAGGAAACAUUAGUUGUUGCAGCACACACCGCAAUGAAAUACCUCGUGUUCGCCGCCCUGGCUGCCGCUGCUGCCGCCUUGCCGACCUAUGACUCCACCGAGGUAGUGAAGACCGUGAGGGACGAGCGAGACCAUCAGGGAGACGGAAACUACCACCUGGACGUGGAGAUCGAGAACGGCAUCGUGCUGGCUCAGUCUGGCGCCCCCGUUGGUCCCUCGGGCACGGUGGUCAAGGCGGGACAAUACUCAUACAUCGCCCCUGACGGCACUCCUGUUGUCGUCAAGUUUGUCGCGGAUGAGAACGGUUUCCAGCCUCAGUCUGACCUGCUGCCCGUGCCCCCCGCCUUCCCACACCCCAUCCCCCAGUUCGUGCUGGACCAGAUUGCCUUUGCUGCUGAGGAGGACGCCCGUCGCGCCCGCGGGGAGAAGAGUCGCUCCACAGAGUACUCCUAACAAGCUACUCACCGCCCCUGUCAUUAGUAACCGAGAGCAUGUACUUUAUACCACUCACAAUCACCCAUAACAUAUUCAUCAUUCACAGUUAACUUUCACUGCAUUCAUUUUACGCUCAGAAGCAUAAUAUAUUGUCAUGUCAAGAGCAGCCAGAUAGUCGUGUCACUUUUUGUUAUAUGUAGAAUAAACAGUUGCUUGA